ACAUUAAUCUUCCCAAAUUAUAUAUCCAUCAGAGAUUAAGCAAAAUACAUAAACAGAAAUGGGUGAGAUCAAAGCUAGACGCAUAAUCCUCCUCUCUGUCAUAUCCCUUUUCUUCUUCUUCUCCGAGACUAUUCAUUUGUGUUCAGCUAACGAGCAUGGCUCAAGGAAUCUUGCAGUGGUGAUGAAGCAAAGGGUGAGAAACAGAGGGCCUCGUAACGAUAACACAACGUCCGCAGCUUCAACUAUGAUGUUACCAAGCUCCUUCCAUGUGGGUGCUGCUUACUCCUUCCUUCUCGCUCUCCUCUUAUAGUUUUUUUUUUCUUUUUUCGUUUCUGUUUCUAGUGAUUGUUUGAUUUGCUGAUUCAGAGUGAUUUCGUUUGAUAUUUUUUUUUGUGGGUGUUGGAUUGAUGUUGUAAUGUAAAUAUAUCAAAUGGUCUCAAAAUCUGUUUGUUA